AUGUCGAGUGCCUUGUCCGCCAUUGAUACUCCCUCUGCACCGCUCAACUUCAUCCGGACGCCCAUACAUUUAUCCUCUGAACCCUUGAACCUGGUGACAAUCACGUCAAUUGAAACGGAGACUAUUUACCCUACAUGGGUCUAUACGAUAUCUGGUUCCGGGCCUGAUUCCAGCACUGUGCUUGACUUCUUAUCGUCAACACUGAACCCAACCCCGGUGACCGUAACCCUGACGACUAAGCUGUCAACGACUAAGCAGGACACCAUAAUAUCGACUUCCAGCUCUACAGCAACAGUCAUCUCGGAACCCCCAGUUUCGACUCUGGUCCCGACCUCGGUUCUAUCAAGCCCAACGGGGGACUUUCCUAUUUCCGCAACUUCGGAAUCCACCGAUCUCUGGUAUUCCGAUGCCCCUAGCAGCACGUGGAUUCCACCGGUUCCAUUAACUAGCUCGAGUAUAUCUCUUUCGUCGCUGUCUGUCUUGUCGGAGACAGCUAUUGGCACCAUAAGCUCCAUGAGCUCCAUCAGUACCUCGGCCAGAUCGAGCACCGCACCAUCAAACACACCUUCAAUCCCACCAUUUAUUGGAACCGCCACGAGCGCAGCCUCUUCAGAAACAGCCCAAGCCGACCACUCCAGCCCCUCCAAAACUGGAACAAUAGUUGGGAGCAUCAUCGGAGGAUCAGCAAUCACGAUCUUCGCCCUGCUCGCCUGCGCACUCUACAUGCGUCGCCGACGACGGAAAAUAGCAACAGAGCGGCUAGGCAUCAGACAGAAACUAAUAAGAGGCGACUCAACGAGCUCAUCAAUCAGCCACCAUCACCGCUACCACUCCUACCCCUCGAUCCCAGGCAACAUCGGCCCGCGAUCACCCACACUCCCGGUCAUCCCGCUGCAACAGCAGCUCUCAAAUCCAGACUUAUCUCUGGACAGCAUGUACCUGCGCGGUGAGAGAACACCGGAUCCCUUCGCGGACCCGCCCGCAGUUAUCCAGAUCUCAGCCCCAUCUCGCUCGGUCUCGCUCUACUCCACUUCUUCCCGGGGCGCCGGGCGAGGUGGGCAGGGGUACUGGGACUGCGAGCGCGACAGUGUGGAUGCUCUCGCUGUACCGCAUGGAUAUUUGAAUACGCCUAUUAUGCGUGAUAGCAUGCGCAGUGAUCCUUUCGAUCUUGAUCUUGAGCCUCCGCUAAAUGCUCACCACCGCCGGUCUUCUGUUCCUUCGAUCCCAACUACGUGGGGUGUCAAGUUUUAG